AUGGCACCGCAUGCUGAAGAUCCUGUGCGGCUAGAAUAUCAGACAGAUUCGUGGGAUAGUCUGAAUCACACAUCAACCAAGCUGGCGGGGUCCGCCAAAUCCAGUAGCAAGAAACGCUCGCUCGCUGAUACCUACGUUCCGGGAAGGACACAGAUUGAAGCUCACGAAACAUACGAAUUUGAUCACUUAAGACCUCGCUUCCCAGACAUCAAGUGGGAGCCUCUGAAGGAAGUGGCAUAUGAGGAUAAAGGCUUGCUGGGAGAUCCGCAGUUUCGUAAUCUGCUUGAUGCUGCAACAGAUGUGGUUGAUUACGUUCCUAAGAUUGGGACUGAAAUCUCCGGAGUCAAUCUCAAAAACCUGACCGAUGCACAAAAGAAUGACCUGGCGAGGUUGAUAGCCACGCGGGGUGUGGUUUUUUUCCGCGGUCAGCACGAUUUUGAUAUUGACGCUCAACGAGAGCUCGGCCAAUAUUUUGGUACUCUGCACAAACAUGCCACUACAUCAGUGCCUGAGAGGGAAGGGCUUGAAGACGUGCACGUGAUUUACACAACAGAUAAAUCCCUGGAUCAGCGGGCUUUGUUCACUCCCACAUUUUUGUGGCAUUCAGACGUCACGUAUGAAGUUCAACCACCUUCAUAUACAUCUUUGAAAGUGCUCACGGGCCCGCCGAGAGGCGGAGGCGGUGACACACUAUGGUGCUCCCAGUAUGCAUUGUACGACGUUCUAUCGGCACCCAUGCAGAAAUACUUGGAGAGCUUGACAGCUCUGCAUUCGGCAGAAGAACAAGCAGAAGGAUCUCGAGCAAUUGGGCGACCAGUGCGAAGAGACCCAGUUACGACAGAGCAUCCAUUGAUUCGGGUGAAUCCAGUUACAGGAUGGAAAUCGGUCUUCUUCAACCCCGGCUUCGUCACCAAAAUUGUGGGAGUGCCGAAGGCCGAAAGUGAUGCGAUAAUCCGGUAUCUCAACGAACUCAUUAGCACGACGCAAGAAGCACAUGUGCGCUUUCAGUGGGGGAAGGGAGAUGUUGCCUUUUGGGACAACAGGUCGACCAACCACAGCGCCAGCUAUGGAUUCAUGCCUCACAGGCGACAUGCUGUUCGUGUUGCGACCGCGGCUGAGAAGCCAUUCUUGGAUCCGAGUGGAAGAUCUCAAGAAGAGCAAUUCAAUGAAAAAUGGGGAUUGCCAAAUGUCAACAAGGAUGGGUCUCGGCGAUCAAACUAUAAUGAUUGA